UUCUUAGCUAAAAUUCAGACAAGAUCGACACAGAUUGCAUUACAAAUUGUGCGUAAAUAUACUUUAAAUUAACUGCACGCCAAGAUGCCGAUCAACCAGAAAGAGGUAUCGCCGCAACUAGACAGCCAGACGGGUGAGGAUCAGGGUGAGGAGGAGGAGCAGCCGGAGGACGAGAAUCAUCUGGAGAAGUUUACGGUGCGGCUUAAUGGACAACAUGACCUGGAGCAGCGUUUAAAGGAUUUCAAAGCGGCAUGUGAGGCUCACGAGAAGCAUGCCAGACGGCGGAAGCGGAAGCGAUACUACCAUUUGGGUCUUGUAGCCAAACUGGUAACGGAAACCACUCACGACGAGCUGCGACGUAUGCUGGAAAAUGGAACCUACACCUUUCACGUCGAUGCGGUGGCCAAUAAGCCCGAUGAACUAAAAGCUAUUUUGGACACUAUGAACAUUGCGAUCUCGGCGCAUUCUGUAGAGAGGGAACUACGUCUGACCACUGGCCUGGCUGUGGAGAUAAACGGCGAGUGCUGUCGCGUUGGCAGACUGAGGAACAACUGCACCGUGAUGCUGGCACGAGGUGGAGUCGUCACACUCACCACGGAUGAAUCUUACCGCUACAAAGGCUUCAAGGAAAUAGUAUUCGUGAUCAAUCUGCGUUGUUAUCUCGCCUCCGUUCAGUUGGGCGAUAUUGUGCUGAUCGGACGUGAAGUUAGGGGUAGGGUGGUGAAGACCCUGCGAGAAGCGCUAACCGUUAUGAUCAUAGAUGCCGGUCUGGUAGCUUCCUACGACUUUAUAGAGCUUCCUAGACAGUGCCACGCUCUGGAUCCGGAGCUAUAUCCCGAUCUGUACAUGAAGGAUCUUGAGUUGGCUGCGUCUAUGAAUGCCAACUAUGUGGUUCUGCCCAAGAUACGAUGCAAGAGCUUCCUUCGUGCCGUGCGGCAGACCAUAAACUCUGAUUUCAACCUAAAGUUGAUCGGAAUGAUAGAUUUUGAGUAUGUGCGGAGCAACAUGCUGGAUCUCCUAGGCAUCAUAAAGCUGGUGGACUACAUUUGGAUACCGGACAUGUUCAACGUAAACUGUUGCGUCUAUAACUACAUUAUGGAGGACGUGCUUCUCAUUUCACAGUGCCAGAAGAAGCCAGUAAUUGGCACGGUUCCGCUGGAGCGUUGUAGCGAUUUUAAGCGAUUUGAGUUGCAUGAUUUCCUGUGGAAGGUCGACGCUAUUCACAUCCAAAAAAGUCCGUGGUGCAACAAAUAUCCGCUGAUAGUCAAAAAGCUGAUGCCCAUCAAAGAUUAUCGAGUUGGCGCGGUCCAGAAUAAGAUGGUACUAAAGAGCAUCUUAACCUCGUACCAGACUAUAGUGAAUUUUAUCAUCCGCACAAUAAGCUCGAUUGAGUGCCAGGCCAUCUUUUUGUUCACCACUUGCGAGACCGCCAGUGUGGCCCUUUCGCGCAUUGAGAUUUACUGCCCAGUGUAUGUUAUGAUGCCGCUGGAGGAGACAGAUGAUGCGGAAACCAUUACGUGCAAGGUGGAAAUGGCUCGUGCGCUUCAUUUACGCCGUAACAUGCACCCUGUUCUGUACACCAAGGAUCUCAACGAGUGCAACUACACUCCUAUUGAGUUUGGAGUGGACUUUAUGCGGAAGAAGGGCUGCUUGGAGGUUGGCGACUUUGUAGUUACUCUGGAGGUGGGCAAGGAGGAUUCGGAUAACGUGGUUAUCGGCGUAGGAGAGGAUGUCUGUAUCCUGCGGGCAUUCUAUGUGUCGCCACUCUUUGCCUGCGAGAAGUUCAAGUACGGUGGCUAACUUUACGGCGUGCAGUUGUGCAGAUUACACAGAUAAAACCUCUAAAUUAAAUGUAUCAUAUGCCACCAACUCACUUUUUCGCGAUUCUUGACCUCCAAUGUCGCUGUCGGACGAAAUCUCCUCUAGCGAGAUGUGUUCUGAAAUGAUAGCAAUAUAAUGAAAAAGCUUAUAAGGUA